CUCUCUCUCUCUCUCUCUCUCUCUCUCUCUCUCUCUCUCUCUCUCUCUCUCUCUCCCUCUGUCAUUGUCGGCGUCUCUCUCCCUCUCUCUCUUGAAACCGCCGCAGAACUCCGCCGACCGUCCACCAGGUGACUGACUGCGCGGAGCGGAAUAUUCAUCAGCACCACCGCCGCCACCGUCGUCGUCUUUCAUCCCUCCGCUCCUUUGGACUCCAGGGGACGGGAGCUGCCGCAUCCCUGCAUCCUCCUCCCCUCAGCCCGCACCCUCUCCCCCCUGCUGUAUCCUCUCAUCCGGUUCGGGACAUUCUCCGCUUCACGCACACGCAGAUUAGCGGGGAUUCUGCUUCCCCGCCCGAACACUGAUGCUGAUGUCCUUGAGCUCGGCCUGCACGGUCCUGGUGGUGCAGCAGUAGCUACCUCUAAACUGGAUCUGCUUCCUGUCUGUGAUUUAUCUGCCGCCUUUGCCCUCUCUCCCUCCGUCCGUCGUCCCCUUCGUUCCCGUCCGCGCGUCCGUCAGCAUGUCUGUCCGCCUGUCCACGGACCAGCCGUGACCCUGGAGGGAGGGGGACAGAGACGAGGAAAGAGUGGAGUCACCGGGGAGACGAGGGAGAAGAAAGCUGGAUUCAUUCAGACGUCACGUCUCUGAAGUGCUCCUGCUCGCUGUCCUUCAUCCUCCUCACCCUCCCCCCCACCUCCCUCUGUUAUGGAGAUUUAAAGGAGCAGUGGGAGGUUAGGUCAAGAGAGAUAGGAGGGAAGAAAAACAAAUACAACCAACACCCCUUCAUUGCCCCUCACAAAGAAUUAAAAGAAGAGCGGAAGGUUAAUUCAGUCACUCGGUUUAAAUAAAAAAAUUAAAAUUAAGAGCACAUGAACAACCCCUCACCUGCCAAACGAAUGAGGAGCUGAGCGGUCUACGGAGGGAACGGACAAAAACACAUCAAGGUUACCCGACUGACAUGUCAACAACAGCAACUAUGGGAGAAAUGGCAAACAGUGCUGUGGAGUUCUACCCCAAAGGGACUCGAGGCAGGGGCGGAGGAGGAGGAAGGGCAGAUGGCAGCCUCACAGGGGGAGACUUUGGGGUCACGGUGAAGGAGCUGAGGGAGCUGAUGGAGCUGCGAGGCGCUGACGCCCUACAGAAGAUCCAGGAGAGCUACGGAGACACAGAGGGCCUCUGCCAGAGACUACAGUCCAGCACCUCUGAUGGUCUCAGUGGCGACCCGGCAGACAUAGAACGUCGAUGUCAAACCUACGGCCGGAACUUCAUUCCUCCGAAGAAGCCCAAGACGUUCCUUGAACUGGUGUGGGAGGCGCUACAGGAUGUUACCCUCAUCAUCUUGGAGGCCGCUGCCAUCAUUUCACUCGGCCUCUCAUUCUACCAGCCGCCUGGGAAGGAAAGCGAACUGUGCGGGGAAGUGAGUGUCGGAGCAGAGGAUGAAGGGGAGGCUGACGCCGGCUGGAUCGAGGGCGCCGCCAUCUUGCUUUCUGUUGUGUGUGUCGUCCUGGUGACGGCGUUUAAUGACUGGUCCAAAGAAAAACAGUUUCGGGGUCUGCAGAGUCGGAUCGAGCAGGAGCAGAGGUUUGCGGUGGUCCGAAAAGGAAACGUCAUCCAGAUCCCUGUGGCUGACAUGGUGGUGGGGGACAUGGCUCAGGUCAAAUACGGUGACCUGCUUCCCGCUGAUGGUGUCCUGGUCCAAGCCAACGACUUGAAGAUAGACGAGAGCUCCCUGACGGGAGAGUCUGACCACGUACGCAAAUCUGUGGACAAGGACCCCAUGCUGCUCUCAGGUACCCAUGUGAUGGAGGGCUCAGGCAGGAUGCUAGUGACAGCUGUAGGUGUCAACUCCCAGACGGGCAUCAUCUUCACCCUGCUCGGUGCAGGAGACAUGGAGGAGGAAGCAAAAGAAAAGAAAGACGACAGUACUCAGUUGCUCAUCUCUGCAGAUGCCACUAACAGCACAGUCACCAAUGGAAAACAAGCUGAUGGAGCUGUGGAGAACAAUCAGAAUAAAGCCAAGAAGCAGGAUGGGGGUGUUGCUAUGGAAAUGCAACCCUUAAAGAGUGCAGAGGGGGGAGAAGUGGAGGACAGAGAGAAGAAGAAGACCAGUGUUCCAAAGAAAGAGAAGAGCGUGUUGCAGGGGAAACUCACCAAGCUGGCUGUUCAAAUUGGCAAAGCAGGUUUGGUGAUGUCAGCCAUCACUGUCAUCAUUCUGGUGCUGUACUUUGUCAUAAACACAUUUGUCGUCAAAGAUCGUACAUGGUACCCAGAAUGCACUCCAAUAUACGUCCAGUAUUUUGUCAAGUUUUUCAUCAUUGGAGUCACUGUGCUGGUGGUAGCUGUCCCAGAAGGCCUACCGCUUGCUGUCACUAUUUCUCUGGCCUAUUCUGUGAAGAAAAUGAUGAAGGACAACAACCUUGUACGGCAUCUGGAUGCUUGUGAGACCAUGGGCAACGCCACGGCCAUCUGCUCCGACAAGACCGGCACGCUCACCACCAACCGGAUGACUGUCGUGCAGAGUUUCUUAGGUGAUGUGCACCAUCGUGUGGUCCCAGACCCUGGGCAGGUCAACGCUCGGACGCUGGAUCUGUUAGUCAAUGCCAUCGCCAUCAACAGCGCCUACACCUCCAAGAUCUUACCCCCGGAUGUGGAGGGGGGUCUAGCUAAGCAGGUGGGCAACAAAACAGAGUGUGGCCUGCUGGGAUUUGUCUUAGACCUUCAGCGGGACUACGUCCCUGUAAGAGAGCAGAUCCCUGAGGAGAAACUAUACAAGGUGUACACGUUCAACUCAGUGCGUAAAUCUAUGAGUACGGUGAUCAAGCUGCCUGACGGUACCUUCCGCCUCUACAGCAAAGGAGCCUCAGAGAUCCUGCUGAAGAAGUGCUCCUACAUCCUGGAUUCCAACGGAGAGUCUCGCACCUUUCGCCCACGCGACAGAGAUGAGAUGGUCAAACAGGUCAUUGAACCAAUGGCUUGUGAGGGGUUGAGGACCAUCUGCAUUGCCUACCGUGAUCUGCAACCAAGUCCUGAGCCAGAAUGGGACAACGAGGCAGAAAUAGUGACUGAGCUGACCUGCAUCACUGUGGUUGGAAUAGAGGACCCUGUACGACCUGAGGUGCCGGAAGCCAUCCGGAAGUGUCAGCGUGCCGGCAUCACAGUGCGCAUGGUAACUGGUGACAACAUUAACACAGCGAGGGCCAUUGCUGCAAAGUGUGGCAUCAUACACCCUGGAGAUGAUUUCAUCUGUCUGGACGGGAAAGAGUUUAAUCGGCGAAUCAGGAAUGAGAAGGGCGAAAUUGAACAGGAGCGUAUAGAUAAAAUUUGGCCCAAACUGCGCGUGCUGGCUCGAUCUUCUCCCACGGACAAGCACACACUGGUUAAAGGCAUCAUUGACAGCACUGUUCUGGAACAGAGGCAGGUUGUCGCAGUAACGGGAGACGGGACUAAUGACGGACCAGCUUUGAAGAAGGCUGAUGUGGGCUUUGCCAUGGGUAUCGCGGGGACAGACGUGGCUAAAGAGGCGUCCGACAUCAUCUUGACUGAUGACAACUUCAGCAGCAUUGUCAAGGCAGUGAUGUGGGGACGAAAUGUCUACGAUAGCAUCUCCAAGUUCCUGCAGUUCCAGCUCACGGUCAAUGUAGUGGCUGUCAUCGUGGCCUUCACCGGGGCCUGCAUCACUCAGGAUUCUCCUCUGAAGGCGGUGCAGAUGCUUUGGGUGAAUUUGAUCAUGGACACAUUUGCCUCCCUUGCUUUGGCCACCGAGCCCCCGACUGAAGCCCUGUUGCUACGAAAACCCUACGGUCGAAACAACCCGCUCAUCUCUCUCACUAUGAUGAAGAAUAUCCUGGGCCACGGAGUGUACCAGCUGGUCAUCAUCUUCACUCUGCUCUUCAUAGGCGAGCGCAUGUUCAACAUCGACAGUGGUCGCAAUGCACCGCUCCACUCCCCUCCCUCUGAGCACUACACAAUCAUCUUCAACACCUUCGUCCUCAUGCAGCUUUUCAACGAGAUCAACGCUCGGAAGAUCCAUGGAGAGAGAAAUGUCUUUGACGGCAUCUUCGCCAAUCCCAUCUUCUGCUCCAUUGUCUUGGGGACCUUCGCAGUGCAGAUUGUGAUCGUGCAGUGGGGAGGGAAGCCCUUCAGCUGUGCCCCUCUCAACGUCGAGCAGUGGCUCUGGUGUCUAUUUGUGGGAGUUGGAGAGCUUCUCUGGGGGCAGGUGAUUGCCACGGUACCAACAGAGCGGCUGCCAUGUCUGAAAGAGGCGGGACUUGGCCUGGAGCCUGGGGAGGAGGAAGGGGAGGAACUGGCUGAGGAUGAGGAGGAGAUUGACUGCGCAGAGCGGGAGCUGCGUCGCGGACAGAUUCUCUGGUUCAGAGGCCUCAACCGUAUCCAGACUCAGAUGGAGGUAGUGAGCACAUUCAAGCGAAGCGGUUCGUUUCAGGGAGCAGUGAGACGGCGCUCCUCCGUGCUCAGUCAGCUCCACGACAUGCGAGUGGUGAAAGCAUUCCGUAGCUCGCUGUACGAGGGCCGGGAGAAGCCAGAAUCCCGUAACUCCAUCCACAACUUCAUGGCCCACCCAGAGUUCCUCAUCAACGACCUCAUCCAUAACAUCCCGCUGAUCGACGACACCGACGUGGAUGACGAAUCCGAGCUCAGCAGAUACCAGCACCUGCACCCCGCCCUCCGCAAGCCGCCACCUCCUCCAGUCCAGCCCCCGCCCCGCGCCAGGCCAACCCGGCCCUAUCGCCAGUACAGCCUUCCAGUGACCCCGUGCAACCGAAACAACAACAACAACAGCAGCAGCAGCAGCAGCAGCUCACCAGUCACCUACAGCAACAAAAACAGCACCAACAAAAUGUCCCCUGACAACCAGAGCCUCCAUCACAAACAUCACCACAACCAUCACGGCAGGCACAGGCCCGUGAAACCUCCGGCCCCCCACCCGGCACAUCUCUUCUGCGUGGAGACUUCCUUAUAACUGGGUCUGGGAGAAAUCUUGAGGAAGAGGGGGAAGAGUUUAGCACGAGAGAGGGCUGAGAACACACAGUGACAUUUUCAUCCAGUCUCCCUCAAGACAAGCUGACAGGAAAGAGGACAGAGGGGUAGGUGAGGGAGGGGAGAACUGCUGGAGACUUCUGCUUGCUCCUCUCUGAGAACAACUUUUUCUCCCUCUUCCCUGCUCCAGCUCGCUCAGUUGGUUUUCCACCUCCACUCCUCUCAACCCCGCCAAGCCCCGCCCAACCUUAUCACACUCACUGCGUCAUCCUCAACAAAGGUUGGGAUGGGGAGGGAAGGUGGUUGGGUUGGGGGGGGUGGGGGUGGAUGGGGUUGGGACACCCAGAAACCCCAUAAAUGCUUCUACACACCUGGCCAUGGGACUUUGGGGGCUGACUCACUUUGAUUCUAACAGUGUUCAUUCGUAGUGUCGUUGCCACCUACUUACCCGCCCCCCCCCCCCCCCCCCCCCCCCGCACCUCUCUGGCUUACAGCCGCUCUAAGGCCACCGCUCUGCUUGCAAUAUAUGUGAUGCGCUCUGUUAAAGCUUUACCUAGACCUCAGUCACUUCCAUCUCUGCUGCGUUUCUUUGGCCUCAUGCUGGUGUUCGUUCGUUUUCCUUACUUUACAGAUUUCAUUCGCCCUUCCGUUUCUCAGUCUGUGUGUGUGCGUGUACUGUCUUGUCUCUUCUAACGAAAAGAAACAAAAAACCUGACAAGAACAGAGAUCGCAACGCAAAGCGCUAUUUAUUUCACUCUACUAGUAAACUGAAUGGCUGCAGAAGUAAAAGGCGGGGGUAUCACACGCAGCACAUGAACAUUUCAAUGGUUGGGAAGCAGGACAGGAUUAUCCCCACCAACGCUGAACUCUUCCUGCUCAUCAUCACCAUUCCUUGAGUCCAGUAGCUGAACGCCACUCCAAGUCCACAUGACCUGCUCUCCAUCAUGAUCACAGUCUGUGGGAUAUAUCUAUGUAUACAUCCAGCUCAUUAGUCACAUAGAAUCUCCUCCCAGGUCCCUGCUCACAUCUAAGUAUUUAUCUUACGUUCCAUGAUCUUCUCUCUUGGUGUUCCUCCUUUGAUCACUUUAUGUUCUCCCCCUUCUGCCCAUUUUUGUCGACGGUCGUAUGUGAGAGGACUUUUUUUCUUUUAGAAAAAAAGCUGAUCGCUAGUGAAGCAUUAACCCUUUAAGACGCCAUUCAACAUGCACGAUGCACAGGCGAUGUCCCUUUAAGACUCACUUGUACUUACUUCGCUCCCUUGGCUCUGAUGCGUUGUUGGAUUUGAUCUGUUGGAUGUUUAACCCCGUUGUUUUCCACAGGAGGGAAGUUAAAGCGCUCCCUCUGCUACCGAGGCACGUCAGGCCCUAACCCAAAGUCAGUGUCCACUUUUAUCUUAAGGCCCAAAGCUCGCUCAGUUCUAUCAGGUACCACCAUUGAGAGCUCAUGUGUCACAUUCUUCUGCAGUCCCUCAUCUUCAAAACGUCACGUUCGUUACAGCAAACUCAUAAAAAGAAAAAAAAAAAAGCUUUCCUGCCGAAAGUUGGACUAAAGGAUUUGUGAUGUAAACUGUAAAUACCCACAAACACCAGGCGCAUAAAGAAAAACUAUAUAUUUUUCUUGACAUUAAUUUUCCUAGGCUUUCUGCUGAAAGAUGGCACCAUGAAUGAAGCAUGAAUGAUUGUUUAUGUGGGAUUUAAAUUCAAAGUAAAAUCAACUACUCUGAUGCGGAUAAUAAAACGACGCUGAAAUGAAAAGCAUCAAAAAAUAUGUUACAUUUAAAAUGUUAGCAUCAUUUUAAAAAGAAACGAAGCCGGUAGUAAAAUAACUGCUUCUGCACACUCACAUCGCAGUCUUCUGAAAAUAAAGACAUUAGGGAGGGAACCAAGGCACCCAGCACUCUGUUCAGUUUCAUAACCCUAACCAGAUUCCACCCUCUAUACUUUAAUCUUUAACCGGAUAAAUUCCAAAGUGUUCCUAGGUUUGCUUUGCCAGGUCAUGCUGAAUAAACUGACCUCCUGCUCAAUGCUCUUAUCCAACUUUCUGCAUUAAAGCAAAUCUUUUCCUGCACGGCUCUUUUCUGUUAACCCAGAGUGAAAGGGCUCAUCUGAACACCAAGCCAAUCAUCAGACAGACGCCUACGCAAGUACCGGUGCAGAGUAUGUGGCACCGUCACCUGUUAACACCCCAACUACGCCUGCCGCACAGCAUUCCAUGCAAGACGUUGAGGUCCCCACACCCACACACACACACACACACACACACACACACACACACACACACACACACACACACACAGCCCUAUAUGGAACACGGUGUGGGUAAACAGCUUAUUUCAUGUUGCCUCGGAGCGGGACUUUGCUGAACAAUGCAAACCCUCUAAGCAUUCCAUAACGUUCCUCCCUUCGCUUCCCGCUUCCAGUGACUCCCCUGAACUGAUCCCUCCUCCAGUGCGAGGCAGACAAUAUGCAACAGACUGCCAUGUCAGCACACUCAGACACAGCCAGUCACACGUCUGUCCUGCCUGUUGUGUUUCAGGAUGUUUGCAGCGCUCUCUGGGAACACCCUUACCUGUAAAGAACUCUUGUCUUCUUCAAUGCUCAUCUUCAUCAUCGUCACCUGACCCGUCGGAGCAGCGGGUGGUGACUCUGUAUUGGUCCGUCUGUUUUGAAGCAUGCAUUUGGUAUCAUUAUUGUCACUCUGUGUUGGUAAAUCAUUUAGGCUACUGUCACUUCUGUGUGCUAUUAUCUCUCCACAUCUGCUUUCUUCCUCUUUACCUCUCGCGCAGAAACACACACACAUAAUUACAUCCCUUUGGAGUUGAAUCUGUUCCAGCGCCUCUGAGCACAGCGACAUCAGUGCUCUACAGGAAACGUGCGCGCGCCGAUUGAUGGGGAGAAUGUGCAGUGGUGUAGAUUUGACUGUGCAGCUCCAGGCCUGUCUGUCCGCCCAUCGAUCCACACGCCCAUCCAGCCACGUUACCACCGGAUGUUGGGGGACAGAGUCACAGAAGGCAAAACACAAUGUGAAAAGGAAUAUAUUUGAUGAAAUUAUAAAGUGUACAACCGCACCACAACUGUACAGAUCGCCCAAAUGUGCACAUGUGCAUCUAUGAUUUACAGGUACUAUGUUCCUGUUACACUUUUUUUAUUUAUCUUUCGUUUUUCUUUCUCUAAUUCCUAUUGCUUUUCGUAAAGAGAGGAACAACAACAUGGAAGCGCUUGUAUAUUAUUAUUAUUAUGAUUAAUAUUAUUAUUAUUAUUACUAUUAUUAAUUUUUCUCCACCGGUGCUCCCACUGAUGGAAAAAGACGGUUGCACAUUCUCCUGAGCAUAUUCUGAGGGCUGUGUUUUCUGUCCGCUGAGCAGCCCUCUGAGGUGUGCAGAGGCACUGAGAAACUUCAAGUCUGUCAAGACCAGAGACACCAACUCUGUAAAUAGAGAACCCGGAGACAAACACGUACCUCAUUAUGACCCGAGGGAUCUGACAAAACGGGGGGACCCUGCAGAGGAAGAGGAGGCGUGGCGCAGAGCUAGAGUCCGCAGAAGUGCUCUGCGUCCUCGCAUUGUUCAGGCUGCUCUCUUAGAUCUGCCACCAGUGUUUACUGCCAUGGUACGCGGGGUCAGAGUUAAGGUUUUACAUUACUCAUUAUACAUAACGCUGUAAAUAUUCUGUGUAGAACGGUCCCCCUUCUUGCACAGCGCAGUGUUGUUCGGCAGACAGAAAAUACAGCCUUAACUGUGCUGAAAUGACAUUUAAAAAGACCAAAAAAAGUAAAAAAACAAAAGCGAAACAAAAAAAAAAAUCUAAAGACUAUUGAAUAUAUUAAAGAGUUACCUGCCUGUUAUUUAAGCGAAUAAAUAUCUAUAUAUGAGAAAGAACACACCUGUAUACUGUAGACUAAAUCUGUAUUGAAAUCUAAGAGAAUUUAAUGGGAAAUAAGUCCAACACCUUUUGUCUGUAUGAAAGAAAAAAAAUCCAUCAAAGUAUUCUACAAUAAUAACUUUGACAAACUC